AUGGCCGCGCCCACAUCCACCCUCACCCCCCGCUCCUCCUUUACACUUCUUGACCGCUCCACCGCCGUUUCUCCUGAUCUCCAACGGGAAAUUGACGAUGACGAAGAAGACAUCCACCGUUUCGGCGGCGACGACCCCCAUGAACCCCCGGUCAAGUCGCCUGUGCUAGCUCCGCAACUGCCUCGACCGCGCGACCCUGAAGAAAUUGCUUGGGAUGGACCCAAUGAUCCCGACAACCCGCAGAACUGGACGGACGGACGCAAGUGGUUUAUCACAUUUGUUGUCGUAGUCAUGACGGUCAAUGUAACAUUCGCGUCAUCAGCACCAAGCUCUGCGACGUUUGCCAUUAAAAAGGCCUUUGACAUCACUUCAGAGGUGUCGUAUCUUCUAACGUCAACGUUCUUGCUUGGAUAUGUCUUUGGGCCGCUUAUAUGGGGGCCCGGUAGCGAACUCGUCGGCAGGAGGCCAAUCUUUUUGGUCGCCAUGUCCGCCUAUACGGUGCUCCACCUUGGCCAAGCACUCGCCCCAAACAUCGAAACCUUGCUUAUAACACGAUUCCUUGGCGGCUUCUUCGCCGUCGCUCCGCUCGUCAACUCUGGUGGUGUCAUGGCUGAUAUCUGGAGUACGGAAAAUCGAGGACUCGCAACAAGCCUGUUUUCUGCCAGCGUGUUCCUGGGCCCUGUUAUGGGUCCUAUCGUUGCUGGCUAUAUCGUGGAAAGCUCUCUGAGCUGGCGAUGGGUGUUCUGGGUUAUGAUGAUCUUUGCUGGAACAUGUACAACCAUCGUGGCCAUUGGGUUACCGGAGACUUAUGCCCCAGUGUUGUUACAGAGAAAGAUGGAGGCCCGCCGCAAAUCUGAUCCAGAUGGAUCUGCUCAUAUGUAUGCCGCCCACGAAAAACAAGAUUGGACUCCCCGCGGCGUGAUCCAUCGGACGCUUUUCCGACCCUUCCAAAUGCUCGCGGGCGAACCAAUCCUUGUACUCGUAACCAUCUACCUUUCGCUUGUCUACGGGGUCAUGUAUUGUUUAUUUCAAGCGUUUCCCAUUAUCUUCAUCCAGAAGCGCGGUUUCACCAUCGCUCAGGAUGGGCUGGUCUUCAUCGGUAUCGGGCUGGGGACUUCACUUGGCGCAGCCCUCAACGUUCUCUUCUCGCGACACUACCCCUCUCUCAUAAAAACAUGGCGGGGUUUUCCCCCACCAGAAGAGCGCCUAUGGGGUGCGAUGCUUGGUGGAUGCUCUUUCGUUGUCGGUAUCUUUUGGCUUGGGUGGACGGGGCACUAUCCCAACGUGCCCUGGUAUGUCCCCGCUAUUAGCACAAUCCUUGUCGGCAUGAGCAUAAGUCUCAUCUUCAUUUCCUUCCUCUCAUAUCUUGUCGAGACCUACCUAAUGUACUCCGCCUCGGCUUUCGCCGCCAACACCUUCUGCCGCUCCCUCGUCGCCGCCGCCUUCCCGCUAUUCACCGUCCAGAUGUUCACGAAACUCGGGGUCAAUUACGCUGCGACUCUUCUGGGCGGCGUUGGCCUCCUUCUGGCACCGUCGCCAUUCCUGUUCUACCGGUACGGCGCCAGGAUCCGCGCGAGCAGCAAAUUUGCGCCGUGUGUCGAUUUGAAGAUCAAGAAGAUGUUGGAGGAGGAGGAGAACGAGAAGAGCGGGGAGAAGGCUGUAUGA